CUCAAUAAAAAGCCAAAGAACGCUAAAAGCUCUAAUAUGCCAAGAAAGAGAGGCAAACAAAUUAAAGUACCUGUUGGUGAUCCCUCCUCCUCUCAAUCCUUGUUAAGGGCUCCAAUUUCAUUCAUGGGGACAUUUGCAAUAUCUGAUGGUCAUGGUGGACCUAAUGUUGAGAUCUUAAUCGAUGUCAAUGGCAUGCCUCCUACUUCGAAGUAUGCAUCAGGGAUUACAAGACCAAAAUCAAGCCUUGAAAUAGAAAAUCUGGAAGUUGAGACUGGUGGUCUGAUAAAGGAUGUUGAUAACUGUGAAGAUGCCGAGAAGUUCACAUCAUUACAUGACUUGUGUCAGGAAUCGAACCAAUAUCAAACAAUCCCUGCUCAAACACAUGCUACUAGCAGCUUUGGAUUAUCGCCGCAAGCAAGUGAAUUGGGAUCUUCUCAAUGUGCAUCUCCAGAAGAAAUAGUAUACGGAAAGUUAACUACAAAGUCUGUAUAUCAAGUCUUUUGCUAUCUUUCUACCACCCAAAAAAAAAAAUAG